AAACUCUGGUCUUGGCACCCCUCUGAUCAUCCACCUAAAUCCCCACAUACUCGAGCACCCGAGACAGACAAAGGGGGCACUGAGUAUCUGGGGCCCCCUGCUCCCAAAGAGAUGUUGGCCCCACUUGAGGAGUUGACUGACAGUUUACUUCUAUUCCAGGACCCCAGCACUUCUCGGGAGUCGAACCCAGAGCCUGCGGAACUUGGUGUUUCACAUCAGCAUCUGACCAACAAGCUGAUACCACCUGGGAAGCAGCCAGAGAAUAUUUUAAAGCUAAAUGGGGAUCAAAUUCAGGCUCCCAUUCUGCGUUCACAGUUCAAAAGUACUGCCAGUCUAGCUGAGGCUGCAGAUCAUCAGUUGGAUGCAAUACUUGUUCCACCACUAGACAGCCAGAGUUCAAAAGCAACAACCUUCAUGGUUUCACCCAAGAAGUUGAAGAAAGAUUUAACUCAGCACAGGAAACUUGCUAAGGUGGUUGAUGGAAAACCUCAAUUUCACAAACAAACCAAGGAUGAUGAUUAUGGUGACCUGAAUAUGAAUGAAGCUUAUUCUAACAGCCUUCCUCUGCAAUCCCAGGAAAAUGCAGAUGAAGCUCCAGAGUUCCUAGAGCAGGACGAACCUGACCAGUUGGAGACACAACAAGAAGACACAACUGGAAUAUCACAGAUCUCUGAAGAAGGAAAACCAUUUCCAGCACAGCAGGAGACUUCAGAACAGAUGCUAGAGCUGCCCGAUGAAGAACUUCCAGGUUACCAUGAGCCCUUAGACCUAGAACUCCCCCUAACUUCAGAGCCUACCAGAGAGCCUCACCAUCCUACAGUUCCAAAGCACCCUCAGCAUCCAAACCCAACUGAAGCCACAGUUCAGCCUUUGGAUCUGGAACUCACCAUAACUUCAGAGCCUACUAGGGAGUCUCCGUAUCCUACAGUUCCAAAGCACCCUCAGCAUCCAAACCCAAAUGAAGCCACAGUUCAGCCCUUGGAUCUGGAACUCACCAUAACUUCAGAGCCUACCAGACAGCCUCAGCAUCCAAACCUAACUGAAGUCACAGUUCAGCCUUUGGAUCUGGAACUCACCAUAAGUUCAGAGCCUACUAGAGAGUCUCACCAUCCUACAACUCCAAGGGAGACUACAGUUCCUCCUCCAGAGUACCCUCUGGUGAUAUAUCCAGACCCUGUUCACAGUAAGCACACAAUUCAGAUACCUGAAGUCAACGUUCAGCAUUUGGAUCUAGAACUUACUGUAACUUAUCAACCUAUUAAUGAAGGAGAGCUUUCACAAAGUAUGCACGAGAGCACAACUCAGAUUACAGCACCACCUAAAGAGGGUGUAGUUCAAGAGGUGACAGUUCCGAUACCAAUUCAGGGUCAAGCUGAGAAUCCAGCACCACCCAGGAUCUCAUCUCAGCCUUCUCAGCCUCCUACAGGAACUCACUUUCGUCCAACUCCAGAGCAGACUAGAGUUCAUUCAGAUCAUAGUGUGAUCCUGAACCCAGAAGUUUUCAUUCCUCGUACAAGAACUCCAACUAAAACCAUAGUUAACCUUGAUCAUAACUCAUCUACUCUAGAAAACAGUCCUGAAAAUUUGCAGAGUACCACUGCUGAAGUUAGAAAACCACCUAAUGAGUUUGUAGUUCAAACUCGAGGAUAUGAGGAGGGCAUUGUUCAAGGUCUAAUUCAGAGUAAAGCUGAGUAUCUAACAAAACCAUAUCAUCCCUUAGACAUGGAACUCACUGUAACUGCAGAGCCUACUAAAGAGGCUCAUCAUCCCACAGCUCUCAGUGAGACUACAGAUCGUUCAGUGCAUUGUCAAGUGACACCUCUAGAACAGGCUCACAUUCAGCAUCCAAACACAACUGAAAUCACUGUUCAUCCUUCAGAUUUGGAAGUUACCAUAACUCACCAACCUACUACUGAGGGAGGACUCUUUGAACCUAUGCAAAAGACCUUCUCUCAGCCUCCACAGCCGCAUGAGGGGCUUGUUACCAAAGCUCCAGUGUUCCAUGAUAGUAAAGCUGCAAUGCCAGGUUAUCAAACUCAGCAUACAGUGUCACCUGAGGUCCAAGUUUACCAUCUUGAUGUAGAACAUGCUUUAACUGAACUAUCUAAGAUAGAGAGUGAACCUUUGGAAGCCCCAGGGAAUAUUACUACCCUUCCUCUAAAUAACCCUGAAGAGGUACUCCCACUUGAUGAGAAGAUUCAGGUUCAAAAUUCAAACCUAACUCAAGUCACAGCUCAGUAUUUACACUCAGAAUUUUCAAUAACUCGACAACCUAAUACAACGGUUAAACGUUCUGCCCCUAUGAAGGACUCCCCAGCUCACACUUCUGAGAUACCUUUGGAGACCGAGGCUCAAUUUCUAGAACAUUAUGAGACAACAUCUCCAACUUUAGUUCAUGUUGAAGCUCAGCGUUCAGAUUCAUCAACUAUAGAGACUAAACCUUCUGAAGUCCUAGAGACUGCAGCUGCUUCUACAGAGGCUGCACAUUAUGGAGUCUCAACAACUACAGCUGUUUCUCCAGAAGCUGCACAUUCUACAGUCCCAACAACUACAGCUCCUACUCCAAAGUGCCCUGAAAUUACACUUCCACCUACAGAUCAGUUUUCGAAAAUGGAACUUACCAUAACUCCAUAUUCUGAAAAUUCCACUACAGAAAGAGAUUUAACUAUGGAACAAAAUGCCUACAUGUAUGUCAACCUAUGUGAGGUCUGCUUGUGUGAAAACGAGACACUAUUGUGUAUUCAUCUUAGCCCAGAGCGGAGACUCCACCAAGUGCCUGUGCCAAAGCCUGACUCCUACAGCGACACUUUUGCUAACUUGGAUUUAUCCUGCAAUAAAAUACGCUAUAUUGGAAGAGGGACAUUUGAAUCAUUACCUUUUUUGAAGUAUAUAAACCUUGGAUGCAAUCUACUCACUGAGCUGAGCUAUGGAACAUUUCAAGCAUGGCAUGGAAUGCAGUUUUUACAGAAGCUAAUUCUCAACCAUAAUCCUCUCACAAUUGUUGAAGAUCCCUACUUUUUUAAAUUGCCAGCAUUAAAAUAUCUAGACCUGGGGACAACACAAGUACAACUGACAACGCUUGGGAACAUUCUCAUGAUGACCCUGCAACUGGAACAUCUAAUCUUACCUAGACAUAUGGCCUGCUGCCUCUGCAAAUAUAAAACUGAUAUUGAGGUUGUCUGCAAGACAGUCAAACUGCAUUGCCAUGCUGGAUGUCUGACAAACACCACACAUUGUCUUGAGGAAGCAUCUAUAGGGAACCCAGAAGGACCAUUCAUGAAGGUGUUGCAGGCCCGGAAGGAGAAUAACAGCACUGAACUCAUCCUUGAACCAGAGACAGGCUCUUCAGACCAAGAAAAUGCCAAGUACUCCAGCUCCAUGGAAGAAGAGAUCGACUUUAAUGAUGAAAAUGAUGUUAUGAGUGCCCUGAAUUACAUACUGCCAUAUUUCUCUGAGGGAAAUCUGGAAGAUAUAGUAUCAACAAUGUUACCAUACAUUAAACUGCUGUUUUCUCAUGACCAAGAUUCAGAGAGUUCCUUGGGAUCUUUGCAAAAUAAUACACAAAAUCUUCUUCCUACAAAUGAAUCUGAAUCUGGUAACUUCACUAACAAAAAUAAAUUGAAUAAACUUUAUUUUCUGGAAAAGUUAUUAGAUGAAGAAAUUGAUGAGGUUAAAAAGGAAGAGAACACUAAGAACACUAUACUACAUAAGGAGAAGACUAAUAAUUCAGGUAAAAAAUUUAAACAACAAAUAUUUGGACAGAGUUGGGCACCUGCCCAGGCAGAGGAAAACAGUCUUGCAGAGAUUGAGAAGGCAGAGAAAAGACUCCACAGCCUGAACAGAGUGCUCAAGAGGACAGGAAGCAUACAGAAAAGGCACUUUAAGGGAGUGAGUGACAAGAGCCUGUGGAAUAAGCAGAGUGUCCAGACGCCUGUGGAGAGUAUUGCCAAAGAUGGACAGCUCGGGAGCCCACCCACAGCAGAGUUGCAGCAGCUCAGUCUGGUUCAGAAGCCCAGGAUGUCAGUGGGAAAUUCCUUCCACCCAGAGCCCUUGCUCCCAAAGGAGCAUGGGGAGGCAGUGUCUUCUUCCCCAGAACAGUCGCUGGUGGACAAAACUCCCACUACAAAAUCACUGCCUGAGUUCAUAGACAGACGAAAAGACUUGUCUUACACCAUUUUCGUUUUAGAAAGUGCAAAUGCCAAUGUGAAAAGAACGAAGGGGUCUAACCCUAGUUUACUAUCUGAAAAGAGACAUAGAAACUUUAGGAAGAAAAAGUAUCAUUUCCGGUUGAUUGCAAAGAGUCCAGCAUCCUCUGCAGUGAGGAGCCUGGUAAAUUCCCCUGCAGGAGGGGUCUUUUCAUCUUUGGGAGACCUGAGUUAUGCAGAAAAGCCUUUUGCACAAUUAGAUGCUGCCUUAGAACCUCCUUCCAAAAAACCUCUGGCUGCAUCUGAUAUUGAUAAUAUUGAAGAACACAUCUUUGAACCAACCACCCCUAUGUCUGAAGAACCUAUAUCAGAAAAUAUAUUCCCUGAAAUGACCGCUGUAGAGUCUUUUGGGCCCACAUACGAUCUAAUUCCAACAGGUAUCACUGUGCCUGAAGCAACUGCAUCAGAAAUUAUACCCUCUGAGAAUCCUAUUGUAGAGUCUAAUGUGCCUACCUCCGAUUUAAUUCCAACAGACAUCACUGUGCCUGAAGAAGCUGCAUCAGAAAUUAUACCCUCUGAGAAUCCUAUUGUACAGUCUAAUGUGCCUGCAUCUGAUUCAAUUACAACUCUUCAGCAAGCCAGCAAGCCACAGUUAGACUUCAUCUUGGGGCCUGACUCUCAUGAAUUUGCUUACUCAUUGCUAAUGUCACCAGGUGAACGCUUUGAAUCUAAGCUAAACCAGCAGCUGCGGCCCCUCAUCCCCAACAACAACGUGAGAAGGCUUAUUUCUCACGUUAUCAGGACUUUGAAGAUGGACUGCUCUGAUCCCAGUGUGCAACUGUCCUGUGCCAAGCUCAUCUCCAGAACCGGCCUCCUGAUGAAGCUUCUCAGUGAGCAACAAGAAUUCAAGUUGUCCAGGGCCGACUGGGAUACGGACCAGUGGAAAACUGAGAACUAUAUCAAUGAGAGCACAGAAACCCAAGGUGGACAGAAGGUUCUGGAACAAAGUCAGCGCACAAAAGAAGUUCCGGGAUACGGCUACAACAACAAAGUCUUCUCGGCAAUAUCUGUAACUGUAGUAUUGACAGUGUUGGUUAUCAUUUGCUGUCUCGUUAAGGUAAGGACAACAAUACAUUCCUGUGUCCAGAAUGUGCCCGGUCUGUGUCAUAGGUUUAGAGGCCACGAACUGAAAACCUGAGCCACUGACCCUCUCUGUCUACAAAUAAUGCCCCCGAGUGUCCACAGGUACUCUGU